AUGGCGUUUCUUCUUCAUCACCCUCCCCUAAUUUCAAUCUCCAUAUUUUCCGUCUAUUGCGGAGAUGUGGGAGGUGGGAUGCCCAGUAAUCACAUCCUGGACUCUUGUAGGUUAAGUUGUGCCGAGCGAGUCCUUUGCAAGCGGGAACGGGAAAUGACAGAUGUGCUUGAGUCACUACUCGUCACUCCCUUACACUAUCAAGUAUCGUCUGCGUGUUGGACUCGAGCUCAUACAUCUGCUAUGCGGUAUGCGGUAUGCGUGGACGGCUCGAGUAUGUAUGUCAUGGAAUAUCGACUUUUGACCUAUCAUGAUUUUUAG